UGGCGGCGGCGGCGCGGGUCCGUGAGCGGUCAUGUCUCUGAACCAGAACCGGUCCGUCCUGGUCCUGGUCCCGGUCCCCGUCGCACGCACGCUGGUCCCCGGAGUCUGCAGCCGGAGCGAGUCGCGCCCGGAGCCGGAGUCCGCCGCCCUAUCGCCCGCUGAAGCCCCCCGAAGCCCGGCCGGGACCCGCUGCAGGAGCUCCAUCCCCCGGGGAAGAUGAAGCGUCAGGCCGGGAGAGAGGCGAGUCCGUCCCGGGCCGCGGCCAAGCGGACCCGGGACCGGGAGCGUCCGGCACCGCGGGGCCGGGCCGAGCCGCCGCUGGCCCUGCUGCUGGCGGAGAGCCGGGGCUUCCACCGGAGAGGAGGCAGCCGGAGCCGGGAGCGGGAGAAGCCGCCGCGGGCCCGGGAGGAGCGGCCCGGGGCCCUGGAGCUCCAGCACCGGGCCGGGCUGCUCGGCCGGCCGGGGACCCGCAGCCCGGCGGCCCGCAGCCCGGCGGCCCGCAGCCCGGCGGCCGAGCCCCCGGCCCCCCGGCCCGGGGCCCUGGAGUACAAGACCCUGCUCAUCUCGUCCCUGGGCUCCGCGGUGCCGGACGACGCGGUGGAGGACGCGCUGUUCCACGACUUCAAGAAGUUCGGGGACGUCAGCGUGAAGCUGGCGCACACACCGGAACUCGGCCGCAUCGCCUACGUCAACUUCCGGCAGCCGGAGGACGCCAAGGAGGCCCGGCACGCCAAGUCGUCCCGGCUGGUGCUGGGGGACCGGCCGCUGAAGAUCGAGCCCAUGUACGUCCGGAGGCGGAGCGUGACGCCGCCGGACGCCGGCUACCUGCCGCUGCCCCCCCCCUACCGGCCGCGGUCCCUGUCCCCGCCCGGACCCGCGGCCCUCCGGGACCUGAGGGCCCGGCACUACGCCCUGGAGACCCUGGGGCUGGGCCGGGACCGGGACCGGCUGCUGGACUACUACGGGAUGCUGGACGAGCGGGGCCGGCCCUACGGCCUGCCCAUGCCCGUGGUGGAGGACCUGAAGCCCGAGGACGACCAGCGGGCGACCAGCAACCUGUUCAUCGGGAACCUGGACGGCAACGUCACGGAGGCGGAGCUGAGGCGUGGCUUCGAGAAGUACGGCGUCAUCGAGGACGUGGUGAUCAAACGUCCGGCUCGCGGACAGGGCGGGGCCUAUGCGUUCGUCAAGUUCCAGAACCUGGACAUGGCCCAUCGAGCCAAGGUGGCCAUGCAGGCGCGUCUGAUCGGAGGGAACCCCAUCAAGAUCGGCUACGGCAAGGCCAACCCCACCACGCGGCUGUGGGUGGGCGGAGUCGGGCCCGGGAACUCGCUGGCCGCGCUGGUUCGGGAGUUCGAUCGGUUCGGAAGCAUCCGGAACAUCGACUACGUGAAGGGAGACAGUUUUGCUUACAUCCAGUACGAGAGUCUGGACGCCGCCCAGGCCGCCUGCGCCCAGAUGAGGGGUUUCCCUCUGGGGGGGGCGGAGCGCCGCCUCCGGGUGGACUUUGCUAAAGUUGAGGAAAGCCCCUCCCGGGCGUUUCCCCCCGGUUACCAGCCCCCCGUGGCGCUGCCCUCCAGCUACGACCUCCUGGGCGAGGCCUUCAGCCGCCACCGCAGCCUGGAGCGGGAGCUGAGGGGGGGCCGGGACCGCCCGUCGCCGCCCCCCCACAGGCCGCUGCUGGAGAGAGACUUCCCCACCAGCCCGACCCGCAGCCUGGAGCGCCGGGCGGGAGGCGUGGAGGCGUUCGGGAGGAGAGGGGGGCGGAGCCGCAGCAGGAGCAGGGAGCGCUGGCUGAAGGAGCGGGAGGAGAGGCGGAGGCGGAGCCGGAGUCUGUCCACUGACCGGCAGGCGGGGGGGAAGGAGAGAGAGAAGGAGAAGGAGAGGGGACGAUCGAGGGUUCGAGCUCCAGGAGGCGGAGUCUCUCCAGAUGCGAGUCCUGACCGAGCGAGGGUCCGAGCCCCCGACUCCACCACGGAGCCCAGAGACCACUCCCCCGACAGCGGGCCGGGGGGCCGCCACGCCCCCGUCCACCAAGAGGAUCCGGCGCCUGCUCGCCACCACAGCAAGAGGUCGUCCAGCGUGCAGCUCGGCAACCAUCACCAUGGAAACAGCUCCCCCGCCCCCCACACGCACACCCCCGCCUCCCCGAGCACGCUGUCGGAGUUCGCCCACGCCACGCUCUCCACCACGUGGCGCGGCUUCUUCGCCCUGAAGAACAGCAGCUUCCCCACGGAGCUGCACCUGCUGGAGGGGGGGCCGGCCUUCUUCAGCGCGGUGAUGAAGGAGACCCUGAAGCAGCCGAGCCACACGGCGCCCGGCCAGCUGAAGAUCGCCCAGCGGCUGCGCAUGGACCGGACCCGGCUGGACGAGGUGUCGCGCCGCAUCGAGCUGGGCCGACCCGACGGGUUCGCCGUCCUGCUGGCCCUCCAGGGCCCCGUGGAGCGCCCGGCGCCGGGGCCCGAGCCCGGCCUGCAGGUGCGCCUGCUGCGCCACCUGGUGACCUACCUGCGCAACAAGGAGGCGGCCGGGGUCGUGAGCCUCCCGGCGGCCAAGGGGGGCGGGGCCAUGCUGUACGCCUUCCCCCCCGGAGAGUUCUCCCAGCAGUACCUGCAGGCGGCCAAGAGGACUGUGGGUCAUCUGGACGAGGAGCACAUGGUGGUGGUGAUCGUCACCGACACUAACUGAUUCAUCACACUACAUGAACACACACACUACAUGAACACACACACUACAUGAACACACACACAGACACACAAAGACACACACUCGCCAGGCGACAACAGACUUCCAUGUUUUUAAAAAGAUGAAUCUUCUUGUUUUAUUCGGUGUCUUAUGAACUCAGCGACUGACACUACACCUCUAGACUCUUGGAUCACUUUACGUCUCCUCCGGGAGGGGGGGGAGAGACACACACACACACACACACACACACACACACACACAGACACACACACACACACACACACACAGACACACUACCACUGACGCUGGGUUUUAUGCUUGUUACCUUUAUCUGUGUUUCCUCAUGGAGCUGAAUCCAGCAGCUUGUUUCUUUCUCUCCGACACACGUGGGACGAAGAGGUUUUCUACAAAGUGAUUGUACUGUGAACUCGCAGGUUCCAGCUGUCGUCAGGUGUUUGUGUUUUGAUUCUGUGGUCAAAGCUCCAGUAGAGACACACGGACAUUUCCUGACCCGUCCCUGGGACUGUUUACUCUUCACAGUGUUUUCAUCACUUCAACCAUUCCACUUCUACAGUGCGAGUGUGUGUUGCAUGCAGGAAAAGAAAAGAACAAGUUUUAUAUUAAAAUGUAUGCUUCCUUUUCAAUAUGCUGUGGGAUGUUUCUGUAAUCUACUGGUACGAGGUGGGAUGACAUCACCGGCUCGGGUUUUAUAUGGUAGCUCGACUUUUAUUCAGUUUUAAAACAUCGAUUCCUCAUUUUUGACCCAUUCUCUGUUUUUCUUCUCAUCUGCUGCCUCAGCUUCACACGUUUAGUCUCUUAAAGCAAAACCUCGUCCUCAGGCGCUUUGAGUUUGAAUAAAACCACAAAGUGUCUUUGAGGAGAUGAAUUCACACAAA